CGCAGUGGAGACAGAGAAGUUGGAGUUGUCGCAAAAUGGUAGGAACUGAGCACGCUGAAGUUGAGGAAACACUGAAGAGGAUCGAAGCCCAUAAAGGUGUAAUUGGAACAAUAGUUGUCAAUGCUGAAGGUAUUCCCAUCAGAACAACUUUAGAUAACUCCACAACAGUUCAGUAUGCAGGACAUCUUCGCCACCUCACGAUGAAGGCCAGGAGUACAGUGAGGGAUAUGGACCCUCAGAAUGAUCUCACCUUCCUCCGCAUCCGCUCCAAGAAACAUGAGAUCCUGGUUGCACCAGAGAAUGACUUUCUGCUGAUAGUCAUCCAGAACCCAUGUGAAUAGCUGCCAGGCAUUUCCAUUUUCAGCCCUUGGUUUGUCACAUGGUGGUGCUUUAUCCAUGCAAAACAUCUUUUUCCACUGUUAUGUUGCUCCAUGUACUGCAUAAUCCCUCUUGUCCUUGUUGAAACUGACGUAUGUUGAACAAAUCAAUGGUGUUAAGCAGCUGCGCACUGUAUUGUAGUUAAUAGAUCAGCCAUGUUCAUUAUAUUAAACCUGAGUAAAUCAGAGGAGAAACAUAAUAAAUACAUAU